UUUGAUCCAAUAAGUGUGUGUGAGUUUGUGUGUGUGAGAGAGGGAGGAGGGGGGGUGAACGGGGAGGAGGUGGGAAGGAUGGGGGAGAGGCGGGAGGGAGGAUUGAUCCGCGUCUGUUAAAAUCUUGUUCUGGUUUUUCUUGGAGUGAGGUUUGUGCCUGCCGACGCGCCUCUCCCGUGCAGCCCCCUGAAAAAAAAGAGCUUCUUUUUUUUUAAUGAAAAGAAACCUUGGAAUUCUUGAAAGGGAGUAGGAUCUGCAUAAUACCAGGGAAGUGGAUAAAAGCUCUCGGCUGGGUUCUUUUUGCGUUCCCUUUGCAUUUUCUUCUCUGGUGUCUGAAUGAAACGAGAGGCAGAUAUUUGAGGGAGCAGAACGGCGCAGGUUCUGCUCUGGGAGUCGAUCUGUCAGCGGGAUUUUGAGUAAACACGUUUUUGCCUGAACUUUUAUUUCUUCGCAAACUGGCGAGAUCUGCUCCUGCAACCUGGAUUUUUUUUUUUUUUUUUUCCCCCGGAGACUUCACAGUUUCUCCCCCGCUCUCCUCAGAGAAAGUGUCCAAAGUUUCUGCGUUUAAAGAAAAAAAUAAAUAAAUAAAAAGAUCGGAUUGCAUUUUCCCCCUUCAAACAUUUUGGGGGUGAUGUCAUCGCGCUGUGUUUUGGCAGGUAUUGUGUCGAGAGGGCGCUGGGAGGACUGCUGCAACCAGGCGGUAACCAGCGGCUGAGCAGAGCGGGGAAGUCCGUAAAAUCAGGUGCAAAGUGCGGCUGUCAUUUCCUCGCUCGGGUGGCUGAGUCCGCCACCCAGUCACAGCUGUUCCCAUCCUCUCCAGCCACCCCUCCCUCCCUCGUCUUUCUUUUCCCUUCAUUAUUCCCUCCUGUUCUCAUUCAGCACUCCCCAUAAAUCUCUCUGAGCUGGACCGCUCCGGGACCCUAUCUCCAUCUUUCUCCAACACCGUUGUCCGGUGUCACCUGAGCUGCAGACCCGUUGAGCCGGCGUGGGGACGCAGACAUGACCGAAAGCGUCUCGCAUUACCCUGCGCCCGCAGAGCCCCCUUCUCCAGGUUUCCGUUUGCUCAAUCAGCCAGCCCAUGUCUCCCACCUCCACCAGCAUCUGAACCCUCACUGCUGGGACUGAAGCUGCCUCCGGUCUGUGGCGGGACAAUCAUCAUCUCACCGUGGAGCUCGCUGUUACGCACUGGAUUACGCACGGCCGAGGCAUCACCCUGCGGGGUCAUCCAGAUCAAUUGGCUGUUUGUGACGCGUGAGCGCGCUUUCACCUGUUCCUCUCUUUGUCGGGCACGCGCAGCUUCUGCGCUUUAAGUCCUGUGCUCCCCCGCCCAUCCACCCCUCCACCGGUCUGGACAGCUGUUAAAGGUUGUCAAGCGGUCAGUUACCCCAGCUUCACGCCCCUCGUUGCCCGCGGCUGCAUCUUUGCCCACACCGGGAAACCGGGGCGCAGCGCUGCCGAUGCCCACAGGAGCGGCUGUCAACUAUUUGACUCCACGCAGCAUCCACCGGAUUCAAACCCCAGAGGGGGACUCUUCGGACUGUAGGACUGGCUCAGACCGAGAAAGGAGACUGUCUCUGGGUCAAGUUCCAUAGUGGAGGGGGGAAGCGAUGUGGUCCCUUCUUUCCACGUUGACCGUCUUAUGUAUCCAGAUGUUGCUUGUGAUGUGCAAUCCAUUACAGCAGGUGCUUGGCGUGGAUGGAGUCAACUUCAGCGUGCACGUGGAGAACCAGACACAGGUGCGAGACACCAUGAGUCGGAGACAUCACCGAGUCUACCAGCUUUACAGCCGCACCAGUGGCAAGCAUGUGCAGGUGCUGGGGCGCAGGAUCAGCGCCAGAGGAGAAGACGGAGACAAAUAUGCCCAGCUUGUAGUGGAGGCCGAUACCUUCGGUAGCCAGGUGAGAAUCCGGGGGAAAGAAACCAAUUUCUACCUGUGCAUGAACAGCCGUGGCAAACUGGUUGGAAAGGCCAGUAAUCGAAGCGCCGACUGCGUCUUUGUGGAGAAGGUUCUAGAAAACCACUACACAGCAUUAAUGUCGGCGCGCUACACGGACUGGUAUGUUGGGUUCAAUAAAAGAGGGCGCCCUCGACCCGGCAGCCGCACGCAACCCAACCAACAGGAUGGACACUUCAUGAAGCGCUUCCCACCUGGGGAGCAGCCUGACCUCACCACCCCCUUCCGCUUCACCACCAUCAGCAAGCGGGGCAAUCGGGUCCGCGCAAACGGGCCUCGCUAGUAAAGGCUAAUGCUAGCACCCACUUUCUUGUUGUCUUAAGACUUGAUCUGAGCCUGUUAAUGGCUAACCAAGUCAUCCCUUAUGUCACACAUGACUGAACAACUUUUUUUUUGUUGGGACAAAUAUUGACCAGAAACUUGAUGAAUCAUUCAUUGGGGUUUACCUUUACAUGUCGCCGAAAUCGCCACUACAAGCCCCCAGUUAGUGAUCAUUUCUGUUCCUCUCCUGGACCAAGCGGACGAUAGCUGGCCUAAAGCUUAAAGCUGAAAGGAAAUGGUCUGUUUCUCUUCAAGGGCCUGAAAUUGUGACAGAAAACUUGAUGGCCAACCAGCAAUCCGUGUUGCACAAAGGCCAUCGUUUCGCAAAUGCAGAAUGCCAAGGUCUCCAAGACAUCUUUUUCUAGACCAGCUGGACAAUGUCAAGCAUGGGAUUACGACGGGACCACACAGAGAAAACACGCUGGGACAGACUAACUGAACAAGUGAGUGGGUGCUCAGCCAACAGAUAAAAGGGAAGGAACAGAGGUGAACCCAGGGAGACGAUGAGAGAUAGAGUGAUACAAACCAAUCCAGUGGACAUGUAAUUGACUUUUGACAUGUGACGCACUUAUCUGUCUCACUGCUAAGUUAGUGGGAAUGUUUCAGACUGCGGCAUGAAGGCAGGAUGGAUAAUAAAAGGAGGAAUGGGAGAAUAAUCCAGUAAAAGUCGAGUAAGUGAAUCCAUAAGGCAAGGACAACAAGGACAUGUAUGUAUUAUGAGUGUGUGUUUGUGUGUGUCCGGAUCAUGAGGGACUCUGGAUCCCCUGCAUGAACCCUUGACGACUCACCGCAGGGACGGACUUUCGGAACUGGAAUGUAUAAAAAAACAAAACAAGCUGCACCAAAAUCAGCCAGUCAAUCACAGCUGAACCAAACCAGUGGCGACCAAAGACAACAGGAAACCUUCACGGUUUCGCCCGAUGCCUUGCCUCCUCCCAGGACACAACAACCACAGUCCUUCUGCGUAGAAGGCGCAUGCUCAACGGGGAGGAUGCCUUCUCUGAUUUCAUCGCUAUAGAAACGACCCAGGAGAUGAUGCUCAUGCGAGAUACCGUGGAUACAGAGUGCUGCUACCCAGGACAUUCAGUGAAACAAACCAAAGUGUCACGCAUACAAACAAAAGAAAAUAUUUAAGGGAACAAUUUAUUGAAAGCUGUGUGUGAAUGUGUGUGUAUGUGUGUAUAUAUAUGUAUAUAUGCACACAUACUGUAUAUUAUAUAUAUAAAAGGAGACCCUAAAUAAGCAAUCUUACUAUGAUGCUUACUAUAAUUAUAACUAUAAAAUUAUUUCAUUUAUUUAUUUCACUUCUGUGUGCAGCAGUCUCUCUCGACUCAGUAAACUUAAAAGAAAUGUUUCCUGCGUCUCUUAGGUUCUUCACGUAAAUCAACUGUGCAGAUCCUUUUUUUUUUCCAUGGGCGUACGUUUUUUUUUCUUUUAUCUGAUAUUAGGUUGCAUGAUAAAAGAAUAACUUGCAAAGAAAGAGGUUUACAUUCAGCAAAAUAUUUCCUGACCCCCAGGAAUGGUCUUAUCAGAGCUUGGUUGCUUUUCUUUCUUGUGUAACAUCAAAAAGUUAAUCUGAUUUGGAUUCAGACAACUUGACCAAAAA